GCACAAACAGCUGUAUAACGUCAAUCGAUAGCGGUUGCUGUAGUCGAUGGUUCUCGCAAGAUGCUCAAGGAUUGAUCUGUGCUAGCCUAGCAACACCCCUCAUCUGUGGCCGCAGCGUGGCAGCACAAUCGACUAUGUCUGAAGUAGCCGAAACAAAAAAGGUGCGGCGCGAAGAUUUACGAGAUUCCGAUGAAUCUGAUGUCAACAGUGAUAGCGAUUCAAGCUACGGCAGCGACUUUGAAGAUACACUGAAUGCCCAUAUUGCGAAAGCCCUCGGAAUUGAUCAUGAUGCGAUCGGUGCCACGUUUCAAGUCGACUCUCUAGAAAUCGAAUCUGCAUAUGAAGCCAAUGCCACAGACCAAGCGAUGCAGACAAGCGAUGAUGGAUACGAAUUCAAUCUAUUCAGUACCAGUGGUGGUCCAACGACAAAGGUGGUGUUGGUAGACCCCAACGAGCAAGGCGAUGGCGCUCUUGUCCGGCCUCGUCCUGCAUCGUACUACAAAAUUUUGCCGCUUUCUUCGGAGCAGCGGGAGCAAUUUGCCUUUGCAGCUUUGAGUGGCGAUGACAUCUAUAUGCUCUCACGGCAGCGUAAUUGGGGCCUCGAGAUGCCGUGGCGAGUAACAACGAUCAAAGUUACGCGGAGAGCCACGGCCAAAGAAAAGAAGGAUUCUACUUCUGAUACAGCAAUGGAUGCCGCAAAAAGAAAGCGCCCUGGAAAGAAGACACGAAUCACGAGGCGGCAGAAAGACAGAGAGCUAAAAGCAAAGGCCGAAGAGGCGGCAAAGAAGCUACUAGAAAAGGAGGAGCAUGUGAGGGAUAAGAAGAAGAGGAUGAACAGAAUAAAGAAGCUAAGGAAGAGAGCAAAGGAAAAGGAAAUAAAAGCGGCUGCCGGCGGUGGUGGCCCAGAUGGCGGCGAUGACGAUGACGACGAAUCUGACGAUUAAGCAGGCAUACAUUUUGCAAACAAUUCUCGUUUAAAUAUCUUGUAAAUAGCAUCAUUAUAUGUACAUAGAUGCAAACUUACAAACCUAUAUUUUACCAAAUUAUUGGAACCCCCC